UGUGUUUGAGAGAGAGAGAGAGAGAGAGAGAGAGGGAGACGUUUCCCAGCCGUGAGGCAUGUGAGUAAAUCCUGAACUCCUGUACGUCGAGUCGCUCGCGCGCUUCGAAACGGCCGACGCGGAACCGUUAGCCUGUUGGCGCGCGCUGAGGAUGCAUCCAAACAACUUCGAAUUGAAGGCAAACGGAGCGUAGGAGCGGCGAAGUCAAAAGUUUUCUAAGUCAGUCGGAGAGGAGGCGCGGCCACGACACCUCAAGACGGCGAAUAAUAAUGUUCUGAAGCAAGGGGAAAAUUAAAGGCGAUGAAGCCGGUUGCGCGAAGCGGGAGGCGGCGGCCCUUCGCGCGCCUUUGCUGCGGCGGCUUCGGGCUACUCGCGCUCGCGUGCCUCGCGCGCCUCCAACACCUGACAGUGACAGAAUCUUCAAGCUCAGAUCCCGCUGAAGAUGCCGGCCUCGACUGGACUGGACGCAAGCUGAUGCAAGACAGAGUCGAGAACCAUACUCUCGAACCUCCUCGAGCAGCCAUCCACGAGUUCCCUGAAGACAUCUUUACUAAGGAACAGAGGAAGAGGGGGGCUGUGCUGCUACAUGUGCUAUGUGCCAUUUAUAUGUUCUACGCUCUCGCUAUUGUCUGUGAUGACUACUUCGUCCCCUCCCUGGAGAAGAUCUCAGAGAACCUGCAACUCAGUGAGGAUGUGGCCGGAGCUACGUUCAUGGCUGCUGGAAGCUCCGCCCCUGAGCUCUUCACCUCUCUGAUUGGUGUGUUCAUCACUAAAGGGGACGUGGGAGUGGGAACGAUUGUCGGGUCAGCUGUCUUCAACAUCCUCGUCAUCAUCGGAGUGUGUGGCAUCUUCGCUGGUCAGACGGUGGCUCUUACCUGGUGGUCUCUGUUCCGAGACUCGCUCUACUACAUCCUCUCAGUUCUGGCUUUGAUCUUGGUCAUCUAUGAUGAGAGGGUUGUGUGGUGGGAGUCCAUGCUCCUGAUCUCCAUGUACGGAGUUUACAUUCUCAUCAUGAAAUUUAACAGUCAGAUCGCGAGCUUCGUGGAGCGCCGGUGCGUCGGCUCAGGCCGGUGCUGCCUGCGAGGAGAAACCCCUCGAAUCGACGACGCCGCGGAGGAUGGAGCCAACUGCAAUACCUCCAUGGUGCUUCUGAGAAAAGGUCAGUCUGGUGCGGCACAGCAGGACUCUCCAGUAGUGAUGGUGGAUGAGCUGCUGAUCCUCAGGCCUCACCAGCUCUCUUUUCCAGAGGCGGGGCUACGCAUCAUGAUCACGCCCCAUUUCUCACCUCGCACCCGUCUCAGCAUGGCCGGCCGCGUGCUCAUCAGUGAAAGACAGAGGUUGAUAAGGGAAUCAGGGCAAAGGGGAAGCCCGGUGAAGACAUUUGGCUCUGGAGGGAUUGAGAACGGAGGGAGUGUGGAGCGACCCCUUCAGGAUGGAGAGAGGAUAGACAUAGAUGGAGCCGUGAAAGCUGAUAACCCUCAGCCUGAGGAAGAGGAGGACGGUGUUGAAAUCUUCAGACCUCUCCAUAUACCAGAUGGUUGUGGAGCCCGUGUAAAGUGGGUAGUAUCAUGGCCACUGGGUGUGCUGCUGUACUACACUGUCCCCAACUGCAUUCUGCCCCGCUGGCAUCGCUGGUUCAUGGUCACCUUCAUCACCUCCACACUCUGGAUCGCCAUCUUCUCCUACCUGAUGGUGUGGAUGGUCACCAUUAUCAGCUACACCCUGGACAUCCCGGAUUAUAUCAUGGGAAUCACGUUCUUGGCAGCGGGCACCAGUGUGCCGGAUUGCAUGGCUAGCCUGAUUGUAGCUCGCCAAGGUAUGGGAGACAUGGCAGUGUCUAACUCAAUAGGCAGUAAUAUAUUUGACAUCUUGCUGGGUUUGGGCUUCCCGUGGAUGCUCAGAACGCUGGUGGUCGAACAUGGAUCAUCGGUGUUCAUUAAUAAUAAAGGUCUGGUGUACUCAGUUAUCCUGCUACUAGCAUCCGUCUUCCUCACUGUGCUGAGUGUUCACCUGAACGGCUGGAAGCUGGACCGGCGUUUGGGUUUGGGCCUCAUGCUGCUUUACUCAAUCUUCCUCCUCUGCUCCAUCCUCUUUGGGCAGCUUUAAAAAAGAAAAUAUAUAUAUAUAUAUAUAUAUAUAUAUAUAUCCUGUACAAACCAGACUUACAUCCAAGUCCACCAGUCAAACCAGUUUAGUUCUUGUUUUGAGUUUGAUUUGUUCACACUGGACAUGGUGUUAUAACCUGAGCUGAAUCUCAGGCCAAGCGGAGAAAAAAAAAAAAAAAACUAAAGAGGGACAGACGGAUCAGAACAUAAGAUUCGGACUCCGCCCUCUGUCCGGGACGACUAAUGCAGUUACACUGUACAUGUACAGCUUUGUUUUUCAGUUCAAACACUGAAUCGUUUUCAAAGAGAUUUCCACAAAAACGCCGCUGAGUAGAUACACCAGCAGUGAAGGUUGAUCAUAUUAAUAACGUUCAGAGAUGUAGCAUUUGCUCCUACGACAUGCAUCUUCUUCACUGUGGCUGUGCGUCUAGGAACACGUCGGUGCGAAGCCUGGAUGAACAAUCGCCUCGGAAUCACGACACUGUUAUUCAUUCAGAAGAUGCUUUUAUUCCAAAGUGGAAUGCACGCGAGACUAAAUCCAAGCACAUCGUCCGAUCUAAGCACAACUGAGCUUACGAGGGGUCUGAGAUUUCAACUCUGUGAACAUUUUCAGGACAAGACUUUAACUGCGUAUAUGAAACUUGACGAGGAGCAGGUCGCACCAGCCGAACGCACGAGUACUUAGUGACGCGUAACGUCAUCGUAGAUCAAAACAUAUUGUGUUGUAUUUCAUCAGCCAGUCAGUAAUUCAGUGUUCAUACUGAACACUACGUCCACAGUCAAGUCGGUCCAGGAAGCAGGAUUAGCGUUUAAUACAGUAUCUAUCGAUAUCGGUUUGAUGACGUGUUUUCGCGUGCGCUCUCCGAUACGCACAUCUUAUCCGCGCGAUAAUCUAGAACGUGUUCUCUGGCUAAUAAACAGCGAGGUAAAUGAUGGCAGACUUCAAGAGGGGAAUUCCAGGAUAUUCCUUCAAUACAAUACAAUACAUUUGUAAAAAUUUGAAUUUGAAAAAGAUGCACGAGAGGAAGUUCAUUACAAUGUUUCAGCCACUGUUGAUCAUUUGGAAACAAAGAAUCUCACGAAAAGCGUCCGAAAAACGCCAAGGUGAAGCUAGCUAGUUCAAAUUAACUAGCAAAUCGUAAAAAAAAAAAAAAAAGCCCGUGAGCAGUCUGAAUAAAUAAAUAAAACGGUCUGUACAUAAAGUGGCUGUUUUUGUUAUGACUGAAUAAAAAUUAAGUAAGUUUAGGUUUUAAGUUAUGAUAGAAUUAAAGUUAAGUUAUAAUAACGUUUAAAUUAAUGUUAUGAUGUUAGAAAGAACAAAGACAAAUUAAAUUUUUUUGCUGAACUCAGCUGGGGAGGGGGGAAAUGCUGAACUGGAUAAUAUAUAAAUAAUAAUAUUAAUAAUAAUAAUGUUUAUAAUUAUUUUUAUUUAUUAUUAUAAUAAUAAUACUUAUAUUAUUUGUAAAUAUAAUUUAAAUAUUUUAUUUAUAAUAAUAAUAAUAAUAUUUAUUAUUAUUAUUAUUAUUUCUGAUUAUUUAAGAUAUUAUUAUUAUUAUUAUUAUUAUUAUUAUUAUUUCAGGCAACUCUUUAAUCAGGGAAGCUUUAAACCUAAACAUUUCCCCAACAGACCAAAUUUUCUUAAAAUACGUUUCCUACAGUACUAAUUAAAAUAAGGCGAGGCUUGACAGAGUGAGCCAUCCGACGUUCUUUUAUUUCAUUCGAUCAGGUCUCCAAAGAAUAUCGUAACGUAAAAGCAUCAUUCACGCUUUUUGAAGGGACCCGAAAUCGCAGCUUGCUGAAUCGGGUUCCCAUUUUAGAAGCCUCAAAGAUGGUGGACGUUAACAUCGAACCCUUUUCCAACGAGAGCUCUUACGUCAGCUGGUGCGACCGGAUGCAGGUGGUUUCAGGUCUUCUGCAGAUGUUCACCUUUCUUAGUGUGCUGUGAUAAUCUCUCUCUCUCUCUCUCUCUCUCUCUCUCUCUCUCAAUAAUACCUGCGUGUUGAAUCAUGCAUGCACCUGUCAGGUAGGAACAAGCUCGUUCGGCUCCGAUUUCUCACCUCUAAUGUUACGAUUAGUUCAAGUUGUGUUCGUAUACUGUACGUAAUCUUGUGUUUCGUAAAGUAAAUGUUUUGCACUGACUGUAGCAAUACUUCAGAAGUGUGAACGAGGGACACAUCCAGGUGUGUUUAGAGUAACUAGAGCUACAGCGGUUUGACUAGUAGCACACCAAGAGGCUCAUCGUUUGUUUGUUUGUUUGUUUGUUCUUCUUCACACCGAUUUUUAGGCAACAGGACGUGAACUCUUUGGAAUUUUUAGCAUUUCUAGAAUAGCACUGUUACUAUUUAAGUUUUUGCAGUGAGCGUCACGAUGUUUGAUAAAAGUUUGUACGGGUUUUGUUAUCCUGGUUGUGUAUGUUUAGGUACGAUCAAUGUUUAUAUUACCGAGAUCUUUAAAUAUAAAUAUAAAUAUAAAUAUAAAUAUAUAUAUAUAUAUAUAUAUAUAUAUAUAUAUAUAUGUAAGUGUGUACAGCAUUAUUAGUAUUGAAAAGUCUCCUUUAUUGUGGCUGAACGUUUACUAAAAAAAAAAAAAAUAAUUGACUUAGUUUUAUAAAGAGAUGUCAAGAACCUAGAUUUGUGACGUUUUUAAUAUUUAUAAAGACUGAAGAAAACAGUAUAAAGUAUAUUGAUAUAGUGCGACUUAUGUUUUUUGGGCAUGUUUUUAAACCUGUGUUUAAUGGACUGCGUCCUUCCAAAUAUCUUAAUACUAAAGCUAUGAGUUGUCGAUUAGUCAGAUUAUUGAUUAUAUUCCCUUAUUUGUCCGAACGCAGGAAUUAGAUGUCUUAGUUGAUGUAUAUAUUUAUUUACAAAUGAUUUGUCUUGUUUCUUGAUUGUACUUUAAAAAGAAAUCCCUAAUAUAUAUAUAUAAAUAUAUAUAUACACACACAUGACGUCACUCAUGUUACUGAACUUUCUUCACUGUAUUGUCACUUUUACCCUCACGUGAGGACUGUACCAUUCGGUUGAUUUGAAGCACACUAUUAUUUCCAGAAGUUUUUGGGGUUCCUUUCUCCACUCCCAGCCUUGUGUUUGUUUUUUUUUGUUUUCAUCUCGUGAGAAAUUCCUCAUCAAGAUUCAAAGAUCCUCUGGAUUCAUCAGUUUGACUCAUGAAAACACCACAAAAGAAAGGGAAAUGUAUCACGUAGACUCAAAUAAAGUAACUAUUAGAAACCUUUGUAUGUUGUUGAGUGCAAUAAACAAACCAAUGUGCAAUAA